AUGAGUAGCCUGGAAUGUUUCCGAUGCCACAAGACCGGCCACUUCGCACGAGAAUGUCCCGAAGGUGAUCAACGAGGCGGCGGCGGUGGCUAUGGAGGCGGCCGGGACCGGGACCGUGACUCGUAUGGAGAUUCGUACCGUUCCGGUGGCGGAUUUGGCAGCCGUGGCCGUGGUGGAGCUGGUGGAGGCGGUGGAGGAGGAUACCGCGGUGCCAGGACCGGUGACAGCGGAGGAUCCUUUGGCGGCAGCCGCAUGUCGUGUUACAAGUGCGGCAAGGCCAUUGGCACUGGGGAACAUGGGAGGUCGAAUCUGGCCACGUGCAUUGACCUUUGUCAGAGCUACCCAGUGGCCCCGAUACGGAACUACAUCCGUCCUAAUCAUAUGGCCGAACCACUGUUGAAUAACACUGAUGGAAACUGCCUCGUGCUUUGCACUUUUGACGAAGAAGGGGAAGAAGAAGAAGACAUCCGAUCGCUGUCGCUUGAUGCCGCGUUCAACGAGCACCACAUUCCUUCCGUCGCAGCAGUCAAGCGCUCUGUCCCGAUUCUGCAAGCUCUGAAAGUUCGUUACCGGGACCACUGGCUCUGA